AUGAUAAGGGGAGUCAAUAUUGUUCAUGGUUCCACUUACACUUCAAAGGAACCGUCUAUGGAAAACUCAAAUACCGCACGACAGGAUCCAUAUUGUGAUACCCUUUCAAGGGAAAAUGAUGCUUGUAGAGUUGAGAGUCAUUUUAGCCCUGAUAAACGGAUUGAACAGAUAUUGCAACCUAAAGAGGAUAAGGUUGUAUCAGCGAGUUCUCUAAAUACAACCAUUGCUGGGCCGCCAAGCAUUAUAACAGGCCCGCCAGAAAUCUUGGCUUCGAGUGGAGCACUUGCCACAUCCUACCAGCCGAAUGCAUAUGCUCCGCUAGAACAAAGUUUCCACUAUGGAGGUUACGAGAACAAUGCUGGUAACUGGGGGGAGUAUCCUAACUAUGUGAACUCAAACAACUUGCAGAUAAUACCUCCAGCUAUGUUCAACGAUAAAUCCUCACUCUUUUAUCCUUCCGGCUAUAGCUUUGAUACGCAAAUGGCCUAUGGCCAGUUUCCUCCUCUGGCCAGCCCAAUGUCCCCAUUUUUGGCUGAUGCACUUUACAUCUUUUUAUCAAUAGGUGUCUGUAGAACGAAGUGGGCAAUUGAAUAUGAAGAGCCUGUGGGAGAUGCGUUCAAAUUCAAUCAUCCAGACACAACAAUGUUCAUCAAUAAUUGCAAUGUGAUUUUAAAGGCCAUCAUGGAUAAGAGUGGAGAUGCAGAUGACUGCCUUUUAACACCAGAGGCAGUAGAUUUAGCUUCUAAAUUAAGUGAGGAGGAACUAAAGAAUUUGCCACUGCCAGGACAGGUUGAUUUUAUCAAUGGAGGCCCCUCUUGUCAGGGAUACUCUGGAAUGCAUAGAUUUAACCAGAGCUUUUGGAGUAAAGUACUAUGCGAGAUGAUUUUAGCAUUCUUAUCAUUUGCGGAUUAUUAUCGACCAAAGUAUUUUCUUCUUGAGAAUGUGAGGAAUUUUGUGUCCUUCAACAAGGGACAAACAUUCCGUCUAGCUAUUGUUUCACUUCUUGAAAUGGGUUACCAGGUUCGGUUUGGUAUACUUGAAGCUGGAGCAUUUAGAAGCGUGCAUUUGUAUGGGUCUCCUGAAGAAACUCUCCUCGAGUGGCCAGAACCGAUGCAUGCCUUCUCUGCACCAGAGCUAAAAGUUGCAUUAUCCGGAAACAAGAAUUAUGCUGCUGUCCGGAGUACUCAAGCUGGAGUACCAUUCAGAGCUAUCACUUUAUAAUCUUGCAUGCUUUAUAGCUGAAUCGAGGAAGCUUGCAUUUAUAUGGAUUUACUUUAUAAUCUUGCUUAUGAACAUUUAUUGUGUAUCUGGUAGAUAACCAGUCCGAUUAUAUCAACAUCAGACAACUAAUGCAAAAUUAAGUUCUCAACAAAUCCACACUUU